AUGAGAAUUCCAAGGAAGGGAUCAAAGGAAGAUAGGCAGCCUUCUUGUCCGCAUGGGCCAACAACAGCUCGCACAUACGAGGAAAGCUUAGACAAGACAGGGCACACCACGCCGCCCAGCGACAAAAAGCCAUCCGCGCGUGCGACUCGUUUCCUGCCCGAUGAGGCCGAACUCUUGAUCGAACUGAAGGAAAAGCGAAGUCUCCAAUAG